GUCAGGUCACCGCUUCCACGUGACCCUCACGUGACCAGGCCUCUUUCUCGUCUCUCUCCUUCCCUCCGCUCCGACAAACUCAAGUUUUACUGUUCUAGGCUUCUUUGAUUGGCAUGCCUCCACCUUGCCUUCCCCGAGUGUGUUCCUUUUUCGCUCAGUGAGUGGACGAGCUUGCGGAUUUGUUGAUUUUUUUUCAGCGGCUUGAUUAAUUUUUGGGUUUUCCACUUUUUCCAUUUGUUUCCUCGAGAAUUUUCCAUUGUUUCAAGAUGCUUUUAGCUAGUUGAUUUUAUGGUUACUUGACGUUUCUAUUUCUUCUUCGGUUUUUCUUGAGGAAUUGGCGAUGUGUGCAAUAAGCCCAGAUCGUGUCUAUCAAUCGGGUUGCGACUUUGUGGUCCUUUUGUACAGCUAUGUUUGAUUGGAACGACGAAGAGAAAUGGGAGCAGAGAUUGGAAGCUGACUGGAGGGUAAGGGGAAGUACAAAAGAAUGUAGAGAAAUGGUGAGAGGCAAACUGUUAGGAUCGGAACAAAUGCUUACCAUGUGAAGUUAACAAGCAUAAUAUGGGAUGCAGCUGAGGGCAGUGACAACCAUAUCGUACCUUAUCCAGGGGCAAGUGAAGCUUAUAGCAGAAAGAGGGAAUGGACUCAUGAAGCUAGUAACAAUAAGCUAGAGGAGCAGAAAGCUUUUGCAACUGACGUUGCUACCAAUGGCGAAAAGCCGAAGAGCACUUCAAACGUCCACAAUAGUGAAGGAACUUCAACCUCAGGAUAUCACAUGGACCCUUGGCCUGCCAAAAUUAAUCAGGAUUCCUUUGAAACUUCUGGGUCUAGUUUAAGUGAGAUUACCAAAUUUGACUCUUCUGGAGUAGAGGCGACCAAGGCCAAUAAAGACCUUGAAAUUUACCAAAAUCCUGAUGAAGGUGAGGAACAAGCUGGCUUUGUUGAUUACAGUUGGGCUGAUAUUGGAAGCUUUGAUGACCUUGAUCGAAUUUUCAGCAACGAUGAUUCCAUUUUUGGGAACGUAAAUCUUGGUACUUCUGAAGGGCUGUGGUCUUCCUCGAAAGAAGUGCCAAGUAGCCCAGAGAAAUACUUACCCCUAUCCUCGGAGCCUCCCAGUUUAAAAGUAGGGGUCCCAGGGGGUACAUCCGAGCAGUUAUGCGGGAGUGACUGAUCACACAUCUUCUGCUGCACAGAGUGCACAUGCCACUGGGAAGUCCGCAGAAAAUGGUGGCGCUGAAAGUGAUAUCACUGUUAAUGAGCAGGUGCUGAAAGUAAAUUUGUGAACAAUGGACAGAUUUGAAAGGACAACUAAGGGAUACUGCAGUGAACUCACGGCUAACGGUGGAAAGUGCUGUAAUGUCAAAUAAAUUGGCGGAUAAGGUAGCUCCUCUCUCGGUGGAUUUGUGAGAAUGUUAAUUAGUAUAAUGCUCGACAUGUGAUACAUAGAAUUGCUUGUGCUGAACAUAUUUGAGAUGGAUAAAGCAGCACUUAUGCUGAAAAAAUCUCGAUCCAGUCCAGGUUUGGCUACCAAUUGAAGAAACUGGACAGGAUUUCUAAAUAUUACAUUCCAAUCCUGUCCAGCCAUACUGACACAACUCUCGGCAGUAGGCACUACAAUCACUGUUAGGCUUGAUUGUUUUCAUUAUGUUUUAUCAGGUCAUCUCCAAUCCUCUAUGGUCGCCUGAAUAUGACAUUAGGGAAUAUGAAAUCAGCAGUUGGCUUUUCUGAAGCUCCAAAAUUUGAAAGCAUUUAUCAAUUUGAAAAUGUCCAAUGCCCCGUUAAUUAACUGGAUCAUGCCGAUCUUGCACAAGAUGUAAGGUUGUGAAGCUAACAGUUACCUUUUCUUCUUGUUUGUUUAAUUUGUGCAAAUAGGUCCACAAGCAAAAGAAAAACUUGAAAGGUCGGAAAAAGAUGAUACAGAAAAGUCAAGUGAACUCAUGCCCAACUGCAUAUCAUAACUGGAAUACAUCGGGAACUCCUCCUAGUCAAUUCAAGGAUUUAGUUGCACCGCUCAUAGUGCAAUCUUCUCCUUCUCCAGUUCUCAGACAGCAAAUGCAAUUCUCCAGUCCUUUUGUGGCCUCCUCUGGAUAUGGGAAUGCUAAUCUAACAAACUGUUCAUCUGUGCCUGUGAUAUCUCAUGCUCAGUCAUUGGAAUUCAAGCAUCAGUCUGUGCCUCCUGGCUAUGAUGUGUCGACAAAUCAAACCUCCAUAAACAAUUUCAACAGCACUGCAGGGAAAGGUAAGAUGAUGACAUCUCAGGAAAAAAUUGAAAAAUUAAGGAGGCGGCAGCAGAUGCGGGCUAUGCUUGCCAUUCAGAAACAGCAACAGCAGUUUGUUAAUCAUCAAGUUCCAUGCCGAGAUCAUUCCAUCAACAAAAGAGCAUGGGAGGAAACUCAAGUUCAGCACAGUAGUGGCGGAGCUGAUCUAGUAGAAGCUGAGGACCCAAGUAGCUUAUCUACUUUUGAGCUGGAAUCACCACUUGCACAGGAUGAUUCUAGUAUGGCGUCUCUCCCUGUGAAACACUAUGGAACAGAAGAGUCAACCCUUCACCAGCUUCAAGAUAUAAUUGCAAAGUUGGAUGUCAGGAUUCGACUUUGCAUACGAGAUAGCUUGUUUCGCUUGGCUCAAAGUGCAACGCUAAGGCAUUCUGUGAACGAAACUAGAUGUACUAACAUCAGUUGCAAGGAUGAGCUUGCUGUUAAACAGAAAGCUACCAGUGGUCAUGACAGGAGUACCAUGAUACUUGAAGAAGAAACCAAGACCAACCCAAUCGAUCGAAUCGUGGCUCAUUUGCUCUUUCAUAGACCUCGGGAACUGCCUGGAAAACUUCCUGAUACUCCUGAGUCACCACCUGUUUCUUCCAAGCUCCCACUGGAAUGCAAGGGUGAAUCAGAAGAACAGCAAAUGAGCUUCCUCUCUGAGACACCAAGAGAUGAUCAACAAAACUUUUCGGGCUCUAGAACUUGCCUAUCAGGUGAUCACAACCCUACCGAUUCUCGGACUCAAAAUGUUACAGAAUCGGAAACGUCAGAGAAUGCAUCAAACAGCGUACUGGGAGGUGAGGUUGGUAGAGGUGUGGAAACCUCAAUAUGAGCAAAAACAGUGCUCCACCGGUGGAUCUAUAUGUAUAAUAGGGGUAAAUUUCUUUCCUGUUGAUCUCCGUCAUGGCACUUGUAACCAGUUUUUUAUCGUCCGCUAAGUGGAAUCUCGUCAACAGGGGAGGAUAUUCAUAGGGCUACAAACACAAGACUUAUAGACUACUCGUUAAGCUUGUAAGAAGCUUGAGGAGAAUAUGCCGUUGAAUUAAAUACCUUCGGUUCAUAUCUCGAAAUCGUGGCGGCCAAGGGCUAUUUGGCAGUCAUGCUUUAUGUUCGGAAUUUUGGAGACUGGACCCUUGUUGAGUUGUUGUUUCCCUCUAAGUUCAAUGAUACUCAGGAGAGAGAGUAGUGGUGAGGUCAUCAAGACCAAGCUUGCUUAAGAUGAAGGAUCAUGAUAGAAACCCAAUUCCCGGAUUUUUUCAUAAUUAUCAUUAUUAUUAGUAUUAUGAUUCAUUUAGAUAUGGUUUGUAGUAUUUGAGUCAUAUUAGGAUAGUCUAUUAGGUUUUUCCAGUCUUUCGUUAUAAAUAUGUACCUUGCGUUUUAUUGAGAAUCUAUUAGCAGAAUCUCUAUCUAAACCUUAAUCUCUGUCUCUCUCAAAUCUCGUCUAUCCUUCU